AUGAUAGGCUUUGCUGAAGGUCUGUCUCCACUCGAGAAAUCGAGAAGUGGUUGGUUUGCUUCUCAGAUAAAAUGGUCAUCGAGCUCCAGCGAUGAGGUGAAAGAAAAUGAGGCUGUCCUGGUGAAGCCGGCGCCGUUGAGGAGGCUGGAUAUUUCACCCCUUCGGGCAGCCGGUGUUCCCACGGCUGCGCAGAGGGAGUUCUCCAGGAAAUCAUCCCCAAAGACCCCUUCCUCGUACAAGCCCCUUGUGCCUGUGGUGUCUUUUUAUAGCAAGGAAAAGCGAUACCUUACUCCUCUUGAGAGGAAACAACUGAACGAGAACCACUGUCUGGGUGAGAGGAACAGGGAUGAAGAUCUGCCAGCUGCCCGGAGGACUGAGAAGACGAACGCAAAGGGAGAGAUACCAGCGGGAAAACCCAGCGUGGAGAAAGAGAAUGUAAAUUGCCUAAUUAAAAAGAAGAUGGAUUCACCUUUCAGAGUCCUAAGCAUGACAGUUAAACCAGCCCUGAAACUCCAGCUGGGAGCAGCGUUCUUUUCUGCCAGGAAGAAAUCGCACUCUAAAAAACCCGUUGUAGACCCGAAGUCUCUCCAGGAGAGAGAUCCGGCACGUGAAGGAAGAACAUCUCCGCAGAAAAGCGGAAGCGCCCCCGGUCCGCUUUGUACUUCCAGGUCUGCAGCCGCAGGGGACAGCGAUGCAGAGAACGUGGAUGUGGAUGAAAUCAGUUCUUCUACAACCUGUGAGUCAGAUGAUUGCGUUAUUCCUUCAAGCCAAUCUCCGCGUAAGGUGAAUAAGCGAGCAUCUCCUUCAAAUGCUGUUGUCUACCCCAUAUUCAGUGCACCCCCCACCAGCAAGAAAAGGACACAGGCUGCGCUGGAUGAACUGACUUCUCCGUUUGGGUCCAGCCCACCUGCAAAAACACCUCACACCUCGCAGAAGGCGAAAAAGCUCUGCAAGUGCUCCAGAGAUCAGAUGAUCAUUGAUGCCGGUCAGAAGCAUUUUGGUGCCGUGGUUUGCAAGUCGUGCGGCAUGAUCUACACGGCCGCUAGCCCGGAGGAUGAAGCCCAGCACAUCCAGCACCACGAGAGGUUCCUCGAGGGACUCAGAUAUGUGGGUUGGAAGAAAGAACGGGUUGUGGCAGAGUUCUGGGAUGGGAAAAUUGUAUUGAUUCUUCCAAAUGACCCAAAAUACGCCGUCAAGAAGGCAGAAGAUGUGCGAGAAAUUGUAGAUAAUGAACUGGGAUUUAAGCAAGUUUCUUUAAGCUGCCCAGCCAAGACUAAAAUAUACUUGUUUGUGUCCAACGAGAAGAUGAUUGUUGGGUGCUUGGUGGCUGAAUCGAUCAAGCAGGCUUUCCGCGUGCUGUCUGAGCCGCACGGCACGGCGCCGUCCCCCGGCCAGGACGCCCUGCAGCACCACCGGGCUUGGCGCUGCUUCACCGAGCCGGAGCCCGCCGUCUGCGGCGUCAGCAGGAUCUGGGUGUUCGGCCCGAGGCGCAGGAAGGGCAUCGCCCGUCGCAUGGUGGACGUGGUCAGGAGCACCUUCAUGUACGGCUGCUACCUGAGCACCGACGAAAUCGCCUUCUCUGACCCGACGCCGGACGGCAAGCUGUUCGCAAUGAAAUACUGCCAAACCCUUAACUUCCUUGUUUACAAUUUCAUGUAUAACAACUGA